CUAUAAAAGGGGCGUUGUGUUAUCCGCAUCUGUACACUUGCUUGUUGCGCGCUGUAAGGAGAGGUGCCAUGUCUGUGAAUUUCAGAGUUCAGUUGUAUUGCCUUCUUCUCAUGCUCUCGGCUCUUAAGGGAGAGGGCAGAUACCUACAGGAAAAUGAAGUUACUGCAGAGGGAUUAUUUUCGCUUCUUAAUUCAGAAGUCAAGAGAGAAUCAUCAACAGAUUUUAUUUACCGUCGACCGCUACGAUGCCUGGACAUGCUGAGCGUGGAGGGCCAGUUCAUCUUCAGCGCCGACCGGCCGCAGCUCAACUGCGCCGCCUACUUCAUCGCCGAGCCCGGCGAGGUCAUCAGCGUGGAGUUCAGCGCCGUGGAUAUCGACUGCCGCAGAGGGGACUUCCUCAAGGUGUUUGAUGGGUGGUUCCUGAAAGGGGAGAAGUUCCCCAGCAACGAGGACCACCCCCUCCCUCUGCCCGAGCGAUACGUGGACUACUGCGACACGGGCAUGCCCAGGAGGGUCGUCCGCUCGUCGCAGAACGUCGCCAUGAUCUUCUUCCGCGUCCAUAGCCCAGAGAGCGGCUUUACCAUCACUGUGAGGAAACUCAUCAACCCCUUCCCCUGCAACAUCAUCUCUCAGACCCGGGAAGGCAGCUUCACGAUGGUGAUCCCUCACCAGCGCACCAACUGCAGCUUCUCCAUCAUAUAUCCGGUGGAAAUCCAGAUCGAGGAGCUGAGCUUGGGGCGGCUGGGUUCCAAUGACGCACCAGUGAAGCGGUCAGUCCCUGGGUGUGGCGGGACGGGGGACUUCGUGGAGCUCCUGGGCGGGAACGGCGUGGACACCGCUAAGAUGUUUCCCGUGGCCGAUAUCUGCUAUUCCCUAAAAGGGCCUGCCCAGCUGAAGGUCGGAUGCGAUAACGCCGUCAUGAGGCUGGUUUCCAGCGGGAAAUUCAUCAACCGCGUCACUUUCCAGUACCGCCCACUGGACCACCACGAACUACAGAAGCUCAAAGGAAACGACGUGGAGGAUUUCUGUUUCAUUGAAUGAGUCCCAGAAUCAUUUGCUGCAAGAAAACAGUUGCUGAAUUCCACACAGCCAGGUGAAUGAAGCAGAAAGAAUUCCCGUUGUUGCUGUGACGUCAUUUUUGUUAGAAAUUUAGAUGCAAUUACGCAUAUAAAAUCCCCUCUCCUCAGAACAGAUACUGUGUAAUUUAAUCUUUUUUGUUUGAUCUUUGCCAGGCUUAUACGAAUAAUGUCCUUGGCUAUUAUUUCUUUUCAUUUUAAUGGCAUCUCAGAAUUAUGCAAAUGAAAUAAAAAUAUUAAUGUUUAUUCAUUAUUAAAGCACCGUAUAUUAAGUUGUAUAUGAAGUUGCUAAGUAUUCUGGAAUAUAUACAUUUUAAAGUUAAACCUGAUUCAACCACUAUGAAAAACAGUGUACUUUGACUUUAAAGCACAGGUCCAACUAAACCCACAAUAUAUAUCUACAGUACUUAAACAAUCAAUGGAUGGGGAUAACUGAAAAUGAAAUUCAAAUUCAAAGUAUUUAUUUUGUCACGUAAAAUAUAUAUAUUUUUUGUCUGAGAAGUUCAAUAAAUGUGCAUGUGUGCUUCAUACCUUUCUGUUUGUAUGAAUGAAGGGAAGGGAAAUGCAGUAUGUUACCUAUGUAUUUAUUUGUAUUAAAUGUAUUAAAUGUAUUUGUAAUAAAAAUGGGCUGCAUGUCAACAUCA